AUGGAGGAUCCAAAAUUAGGCUCGAAAUACACUUGCAAGAGUGUUAGCUCUUUUGGAGGUUACAGUACCAUCUAUGCUGGCUUGGUUGUCAAUGCCGUACUCGAUUCAGCUAUAUUGAAGGGAAAGCUCACAGAGUUGGUCAGAUUAUGGCCAAUACUGGGCGGUAAUUUAAUCAAAGACACAAAACCAUGGUCUUUCACCUGUGGGUCUACUGUCGAUUACGCCAGCAGGGAGAUCAAUGAAUCACUGGCUACCUAUUUUCAAAUACAACACGAAGAAUAUACUAAUGGGCCAAACAUCAUGAAAAUCUCGGAAUUAUCCAAAGUUGAGGAGAGAUUCAUAUUCAAUGUCCCAGUCAGCCUCGCGACAAGUUUCCGCCUUCGUGUUACGCUCCUACAAGACGCUACACUGCUCACUUUUGGAAUCGCACACCAUAUUUGUGACGGCAAUGAUUGCUGGGAAGUGGUUAAAGCAUUCUGUGAUCUACUGUCUAAUAAGCCAAUCCCUUUGUUUGCUCUUCCGCCUGACGCCGGAGAUGUCCGAAUGUCUGAUCUGAUGAACGUCAAAGAUGAGUGCACGGAAACUGAAUCCAAUUUCCACUACCAGAUGCAUGCACAAAACUACGACAGUGGGAUAUUCAAGCUGGCAAUGCUUAUGUGGCACAUGCUGGUAGCGAUCAUUGCCAUGAAGCUUGGAUUCCGUGAGGCUCUUAAGGACAAGUUUAUCUACAUUCCAGGCGCAUGGGUCGACGAAUUGAGGAAAUGGUCACAAGGAGAGUUGAAGAAUGGUUCUCCUGACAUUCAACUCACAAGAAAUGAUGUUAUCGCUGCAUGGUAUCUAAAAUCCGUGUAUUCCCCUCAAUCUACAGCUAUAUCCUCUGAUCCAGUCGACUACUUUGGGAUUGCCAACUUUCGCCGCUUUAUUGAACCCCCGAAGGCAGGAACAUACUACAUCCGUUGUAGUGUUUUGGCCCUUCGGUGCAAAUUCUCCGUCCAGCAGCUAAAAGAAGAGUCAGUUGCUGAGAUUGCACGGGAUAUACGCCUCACCACACUGCGAUAUACAUCUAGCGGAUCCGUCCGGCAGAGCCUUCGAUUCUCAGAAGAUCAUAUAUCCAAGACCCUCUCAUUAGCACUCCGUGGCACAGGAAACCUAGGGUUUUCGGUGGUGUCUCACUGGACAACAUUCGAUUACACAAGUCUUGAUUUCUCCGGCGCCAGUCUUAAUGGAGAAAAAGCCUCAGUCAUAUUUAUCAAUCCUAUGAUUGUCAACCCAUUGAAACUCACGAUAGCACCGGUGGCUGUCGUCGCAAAGGAUGGGUGUGGGGGCUACUGGAUUCGAGCGGCGAAUACAUCGACUGGCUGGAAACAGUUCAGCAGAUCUAACACCAUGGAAAAACUAUUCCCUAAACAGCGAUGGGGACUUAGCCUUCUCUGUUCCUGUUUGCAAACCAUGGUUUGA